CCUCUUCAGCAAUUUUUAUUCGCAUUCCAAAACAAAACCUUCUUUCACUCAUAUUUAAACUAAACUCAUAUCUUCAAAAUUUUAAGAAAAUGGACAAGAAAAAUGAUAGUGCAAAGUCUGGUAAUGCAGCACAAACUGGUGGCACUGGAUCUGGUUCGGGGAACAUGGUGGCGCCGGGGACUGGAGGUGCAGUUCAGAUACCUCGAGAUGCUUUUGAGGCUAACACUAAGGCUUAUUUUGACAACCUUCAUGCCAAUGACAAGGCAACUAACUGAGAAGUGUUUAGUGGUUAAAUAAGAAUGAUGAUCAGCUUCUUUGUUGUUAUGCUCAUAUGAUGUGAUUCUCCUAUUGUGAUCACAAUUUAAUAAAUAAAAUGAGUUAUUAUUUCU